GGGAAGACACUCAUUUCCACAAAAAUGGGGGCGCGUCUAAUAUGUUCUUCCGUUCCUAAAGCGAAAAGAUUAAUAAUUAUAAAAUGUUUUUUUCCGUGUAUAAUGUGAAAGUUCAUUAAAUAACGUUACAUCAAUAUGCUACCGACAAAAUUUAUAAGUGCCGCGUCCCAGGCGCUGUACUGUCCAAUGUGUGAAAAUCUCUUUAACGACCCUGUAAUAUCAACUCGAUGUGGACAUACAUUUUGUCGGAUGUGUAUUACGGAAAAUAUUUCAUCUCGAGGGAAUGUCUCAAACUCUGUGUGCCCUGUGGACAAUAUACCAUUCCAUCGCUCCGAUUUGGUAUCGAACAUCGCGUUGAAGGGUCAGAUUGAUGAUUUAGAGAUCCACUGUCAACAUGGAUUGACAAGAGUCGACUCUGAUGACGAGUUCCUCUUAGAUGAGGAAGGCUGCAACCAGGCCAUCAAACUUGGCAGGAGAAGUGAACACGAAGACACGUGCCCGUUUGCUCUUGUUCCUUGUCCAAACAGUGCAAAUCAUUGUGGAAAGUUUCGUAGGCGAGAUCUGGAUGGUCACCUGGAAAAAUGUCCAAGGUACCCAUGCGAGUAUAGGAAUGAAGGUUGCGAGUUUUGUGGCACUGAGAAAGAUGUGAAGGAGCACAUGUUAACAUGUUUGAGUAAACAACAUACAGUUGAGGAACAGGAUAGGCCACCACCAAAUAACAACAAUAGAUUUUCAACAGGAGUAGAGAAUGUUGUUGUCCAGUUAGUUCAGCGUGUGUCUUGGUUGGAACAGAAUCAAAUGUCUAUGGCAGAGCAGCUUCAGAGAUGCACAGAUGCUAUAUCCUCCUUAGAGACAACCGUUGACCGAUUGUCUCAUCAGUUUGAACGUAUUGCCGGCUACCAGCCAGUAAGCCGUGUCAGGCAUGCAAUAUCGACAUCCUCCAUUGCUGAGGCAACUUCACUCACUGUCGACAUCACUGAGAAACAACGGUCACCAGUCUCACCAAGGAUCCGAACAACCUCACAACUCUUUCAGCUACCAUCAGCGCCAAAUGCCACGCCCAGCAGCGAGACUUGGAGAAUGCCUUUUAUGUUUAAAUGUCUAGGAACUUUGAGGGGUCACCAGGAGCCAAUCUUUGCUAUGACAUGUCGCAGUGGUAAGCUGUACAGUACCGGGAGGGAUAUGUUGAUCAAAGUGUGGGAUACAGAGGAUGUCACUAGGGGAUGUAUCGCUACACUGAAGGGACACACUGACGUCAUUAAUGCAAUUUGCUCCAACCGGACGACUUUAUACACAACUGGAGCAGACAAAUCUCUCUGUUCCUGGAACACGAACUCUCUGUCGGAACAAAAACGAGUUGCUGAUGCACACGAUGACGUCAUAUGUGCCCUGGUGUGCACUGGGAAGUAUUUAUUUACGUCAUCACAGUCUUGUAUUAAGGUUUGGGAAGCCAAGAGUUUAAACUUUGUCCAUACCAUGGACGCUGGUUUGAAUCAUUGGGUCAGAGCACUGGCUGUUGAUCAUUCGAAGAACAAAGUUUUUAGCGGUUCCCAUAAUGCAAUCCACGUGUGGGAUGCCACGGGAACAUUUCAGCUUGAUUCUGAGAUUCCUCACCAAUACGGUACUGUGUACUCACUUGCAGUCACAAAGAAGUACGUCAUUGUUGGUACCUACAAUCGAAACACUCAUAUUUUUGAGAUUCCGUCGUAUCAGCACGUGAAGUCACUGACAGGGCACAUUGGAGCAGUGACUGUAGUUACAGCAUCGCCUGCUGGAAGAUAUCUUUUCACUGCCUCUAGUGAUUCGACGGCCAUGAUCUGGGAUUUGGAGAACAUGCUACCGAUUCAAGUGUUGACGCGACACGAAGCUGGUGUUAACUGUCUCGCUGUUUAUGGUAAUCUUGUGUUCACUGGUUCAGAGGAUAAAGAUAUUAAGGUGUACAAGUACUUCAAGUUAUUCACAGCGACACCAGACUAAAUCGAACUUGAAGGCUUUGCAGUGUAUUCACUGACUUAUACUAUACUAUAGCGAAGUGUAUUCACUGAUUUAUACUAGACAGUAUAGUGGAGUGUAUUCACUGACCUAUACUAGACAGUAUAGUGGAGUGUUCCACUGACCUAUACUAGACAGUAUAGUGGAGUGUUCCACUGACCUACAGUAUACCAGAAUCAUCGUGGAGUGUAUGUACUGACCUAUGUCAGCGAGCGUAUCUUUUAGAGAACUUUGGGAAUUCGACGCAGGGUUGUAAUGAAUUUUCUGCGGACAAAUAGAUGCACCAUGUCAUGCACGUGUGUUAGGGAAUAUAUUAAUAGAUAGAGAAUGAAUUCUGAUGGUGCUCAUGAGUCACGAAAAUGUUGUGAAGAUUACAUAGAGUAAAUUAUUUUCAAUGAAAGCGUAUUUUAUAUAAGCAU